AGUAGUUUAAAUUACAUGCUUGAUACUCUAGAGAUCCCUUCCAAGAUCGGGUUGAGUUACAGAUGUAUAGAUGAGAUUGUACUGCUUGCUAAUGAAACAGCCAAGAUUCAAGAUGAAAUAACAAAAUUAAAUGUUGAUUCGAUGGAUUACCAUAACAAGAUUGAAGAACUCAAUUCAAGACAAGGUAAAGUUAUCAAUGAUUUACAUAGAGAAGAGGAGGUUGAAAAACUUUAUGCGAUGAUUUAUAACUGUGAAUACACGCAACCAUUCCGUGGUGGUAAAACAAGCAUACUGAAUUGUCUUAUAGCUAAGGAGUAUAAUAAGGAACAUAAUGACAAGCCGGUAUCAUACGGUAUCAAAGAUAAGAAAAAAUUUCAAGGUGUGGAG